GUGCGUAAUGACUGGGAUUAUAUUAAUAUGCUAAAGCUUUCGAUCACAGAGAUAUUAAACUCUUUGCUGCUAGAAGGUGAUGCUUCUGAUGCUGGAGGUGGCGGCGGGUCUUCAGAAAAAUUCCAUAACCCCGCUUCGAUACGAGCAGCAGCUGCAAUUCUUGCCUUUUUAGCCACAGCUUUAUCAAUAUUCUCGGUUUGGUCUCACUUCAAACAUUAUAGAAAACCGUCCCUACAAAGAUAUGUAGUGAGAAUAAUUAUAAUUUUGGCAUCAACUAAUGCAGCACUAUACGUUGACGGUAUAAGAGAUAUAUAUGAGGCAUUUGUAAUAUAUUGUUUUUUCAACUUACUUGUGAAUUACUUGGAUGGGGAAAGAUCGUUGUUGAUCUUAUUACAUGGUCGCCCUCCAACGCCUCAUCUUUUCCCAAUCAAUAUAUUCGUAAAGGAUAUGGAUAUUGGAGAUCCUUACGCUUUUUUGUUUGUUAAGCGUGGGAUUCUUCAAUACGUUUAUUUGAAACCGAUCCUGACAGUCCUUACAAUGAUAUUAAAGUGGGCUGACACUUACGAAGAAGGUCAUAUCGAAUUUAAAAAUGGAUACAUAUGGAUUAAUUUGAUAUAUAAUGUUAGCUGCUCGUUAUGUUUUUAUUGUUUAGUUAUUUUCUAUGUUUGUACAAAGGAUGACUUGAUGCCAUAUCGGUAA